AUGACGGAACGAGAAAUAUCGAAAAUAGAACAGCGGAAGGUAUACUUUGGUACAGAUAGAGCAAUGUUGCAGCAUCGAUGUGAAUGGGAUGAUUAUCAUUUGGAAUGUCCGGAACGACUUAAUGCUGUUCUGGCAAAACUUGAGAAUUCGGGUCUGUUAAAUCGAUGUGUACAUUUGAAGUCCAGAAAAGCCGACUUGGAUGAACUUUGCUUGGUACAUAGCCGAGUGUAUGUUGAAGGAAUUGCUAAAACACGGACGAUGAAUCUUGAGGAGCUGGAAAGAUUUGCUUCAACUUUUGAUGAUGUAUAUUUCAAUAAUUAUUCUUAUGAAGCAGCCACGAUAAGUGUCGGUGUUUCGUUGCAAGCUAUGGAGGCAGUUCUUUCAGACGAAAAAAGGAAGAGUUCGUCGUUCGCAGCAAUUCGGCCACCAGGUCAUCAUGCAUCACACGAAAAAGCAUGCGGUUUUUGUAUAUUCAAUAAUGUGGCUAUCUGUGCAAAGAAGGCCCGAAAUCUCGGUAUAGAAAAGAUUUUAAUAAUUGACUGGGAUGUCCAUGCUGGUCAAGGAACACAAUACGCUAUAGCGGAUGAUCCGAAAAUCAAAUUGAUAUCAAUACAUCGUUAUCAACAUGGCCUGUUUUGGCCUAACUUGCCUGAAAAUAAAAAUACGAUCAAUGUGCCUUUAAAUGCACUUGGAAUGGGUGACUCAGAAUACAUUGCAUUUAUACAACAUUUUGUUAUUCCUAUAAUUCAGGAUUUUAUGCCGGGUUUAAUUUUGGUAUCAUCGGGAUUUGACGCUGCUUUUGGUGAUGAAGAAGGAAAUAUGAAUGUAAGUCCCGCAGGAUACUAUUGGAUGACGAAAUUGGUUCUUAAUGCUGCUAUCGCAGUCGGGGCGCCAUUGUGUAUGUUGAUGGAAGGCGGCUAUUUUAUCGAUAGUCUUGCAUAUGAUGUUCAAUUUUGCAUAGAAGCUUUGCUUGGUGAUCCAGAACCAGAUAUUCAGUUGGAAUUGUGUAACAACGUUUUCCUUCACUCACUACAUAGCGCAAUUUUAUUUUAUGCUCACGAGUUUCCAAGUCUUCAGUUGCUUGCUGACGUUACCUGCCAUAUAAGGAUGCGCUGUUUUAUUCCAAAAAUAACGCUUAUCCACACUGAAUACAAAUAUCAGAAGGUAUCAAAUGAUGAAAAAAAUGUAUAUCCUACACGGGGUAUAUAUUCCCGUCCAGCAGAAUCAGUGAUUCGAUGUUUACGCCAAGAACUUGAAGAAAUGAUCCUAUCUAAUAGCUGCUGUAAAAAAAAUAACGAGACAAUAUCUCUCGCUUUUACUGAAAAAAUAGAUGAAAGCGAGAAUACCGAAACGGAACUUCACACAGAAGUGAAUGACUUGGAACGUAGAACAGUUGUCGAUUUUAUGCAACUACAUGUUUUAAUUUUUCUUUAUUUUUUAAAUCGUGUUUUUAAUAUUAGCAGUAGCGAUUGGAAGGUUAAUGAUAUCGUGAGACUUUAA